AUAGUUGACUUCAUUAUUCAUCAAAAACAAGAUGGACGUUGUCCCUCUUCAUCAGAAAAUUGGAUAAUUCACUCAAUUUAAAAAAACCAAACAGACAAACAGAGUUGCUCCUAUCAUAAUUGGACAUCCAUUGCAGCAUUUCACGCUGAUGAUUCUUCUUACUUGUUAGAACCACAAACCUCUCAUCCAUCGAUCAAGACGGAAGCUAAAGAGAGAGGUAGUAAUGGCGGAGACUGCAGUGGGCUUUGUUGUUGACUACCUCACCCCACUGCUGACAGAAGAAGUAAAGUUGCUGAGAAACGUUCACUCUGAAGUUGAGGACAUCAAAAAUCAGCUAGAGAGCAUCAAACGUUUCCUCAAGGAUGCGGACAUGAAGGCCGAAAAUGAAGAUGACACAGUUAGAGAAGGCGUUAAAGCAUGGGUAAAACAGCUAACCCAAGUUUCGUUUCGUAUAGAAGACGUGAUUGAUGAUCACAGAUUUCACUUGGCACAAAAUCGUCGCCGAGGUGGCUUCAUUGGCUCCCUCUAUAAGCGUGCUCGCUGCAUCAUCACAAUAAAAGCACGUCACCGGAUUGCGUCUCAGAUACAACACAUCAAAGUAGAAGUUGGUCAAAUCGAAAAUAGAAGAGAAAAUUAUGGCAUUGAUUCCAUGGAGGUAGGAUCUACAACUACUUCGGCUGCUUCAUGGAACAACUCUCGACAACGGGCCAUUUAUCUAGAGGAAGAUGAAGUAGUGGGUAUUGAAUCUCCAAGGGCUGAAUUGAUUGGUUGGUUGCUAGAUGAACAGGUAACUCAACGAACCGUAAUUUCAGUGGUCGGAAUGGGGGGUUUGGGCAAGACUACUCUUGCUAGAAAGGUCUAUGAGUCGGUCAAAGAAAAGUUUGACAGCCAUGCUUGGGUAACAGUCUCUCAUCCAUACCAGAACAAGGAGCUAUUAAAGAACAUCAUCAAGAAAUUCUGCGAGGAAAAGAAAGAAUCUACUCCUGAUGGAAUUAAUGAAAUGGAUGAGUUAACGCUGACUACAAAAUUAAGAGAGUACUUGCUGCACAAAAGGUAUGUUGUGAUAUUCGAUGAUGUUUGGAAAGUAGAUUUCUGGAGAGACAUAGAAAUUGCUUUGCCUGAUAAUAAAAAUGGAGGUAGAGUAGUGAUCACAACCCGAAAUAUGAAGGUUGCAAACUUUUGCAAAAUUUCACCAUCUUUUCGUGUCCAUGAAUUACAGCCUUUGGCUUAUGAAAAAGCUUGGGAACUUUUUCGCAAUAAGCUUUUUCAGUAUGAUUAUGGUGGACAAUGUCCAACCUAUCUGGAGCAGCUGUCUCGUAAUAUUGUUGAUAAAUGCGAAGGGCUGCCACUUGCUAUUGUAGCCAUAGCUGGUCUUCUCAAAACAAAAAACAAGACAACUGUUGAAUGGCAAAAAUUGCAUGAUAGCCUUAGUUCAGAGCUGGAUAAUAAUCUUCAUCUUAGAAGCAUAGUAAAAAUCCUUUCUCUUAGUUAUUUUGAUCUACCUUACCAUCUUAAAUCUUGCUUUUUGUACUUUGGCAUGUAUCCGGAGGACUAUUCCAUUAGAUGUUCAAGGUUAAUUCGACAAUGGAUUGCUGAAGGAUUUGUGAACCAGAAAAAGGAUAAAACAUUAGAAGAAGUUGCACUUGAGUAUUUGUUUGAACUAAUACAUAGAAGUCUGGUUCAGGUGUCUUUGGUAGACAAUGUUGGAAGAGUCAGAACUUGUCGCAUCCAUGAUCUUUUGCAUGAGAUUGCUGUCAAAAAAAUGGAGUCAAGUUUUUUUUGCCAUGUUGUUGAUGGAAAUGAGUCCACUUUAAAAGGAGAAAUAGUAACUCGACGCCUAUCAAUUGUCAACAAUUCAUGCACUACUGUUCUUCAAGAUGCAGAUCAAGUUUCUCAAGUACGUAGUAUUUUGAAUUUCAACAAUUAUCAGAAUCAGACACUCCUAAACUACAUUUUUAUUCCAGGUACAUUGGCAAAGCAUUUCAAGCUUCUAAAAUUUUUAGAUUUUGAAGAUGCUCCAAUAGAUUCAAUCCAUGAAGAUAUUGGGAAGUUAUUUCAUUUAAGAUAUUUGAGUCUUCGAAACACCAAAGUAAAGAAGCUACCAAGGUCCAUAGGGAAAUUGGUAAAUCUUGAGACUCUGGAUCUAAAGCAAUCAUUUGUGUCUGAGAUACCUGCUGAGAUCAGAAGGCUUCACAAGUUACGACAUCUCUUAGGAUACAAUAGUGACUUAACCAUGCAUUUUUGCAUAGCUCAAAGGAAAGGAAUAAAACUAAAACAAGGAUUUGGGAGCUUAAAAUCCCUUGAAAAGUUAUACGAGUUGGAAGUAAAUGAGAUGGGAGCUGAGGUAAUUGAAGAGCUGGGAAAGUUGACGCAGUUGAGGAGGUUGGGCAUCCGUAAUCUCAGAAGUGAACAUGGAAGGAUUUUGGGAGAGUGUAUUGAGAAGAUGAAACACCUGGAAUCUUUGGCAGUAACUGCAACGAGUGAAGAUGAUGUGAUCGAUUUAGAAAACAUGUCAUCUCCACCUCAAUUUCUCCAACGUCUCUGCUUAAUUGGGCGUUUAAUGAAGUUGCCAGAAUGGAUCAAGGAACUUCAAAAUCUGACAGCAAUAUACUUUGAUUGGUCAAAAUUAGAAGAUAAUCCGAUUCAGAAUUUGAAAAAUCUGCCAAACCUAAUGGUACUCUGGAUACAGUGUGAUGCAUACGUUGGUGAUGAAUUGCAGUUUGAGAAGGGGAUGUUCCCAAAAAUGAAGGAGCUCGAUCUCACGUAUUUGAGUGGACUGGAAAGGGUGGUGAUAGAGGAAGGAUCACUUGUGAAUCUUGAAAGCCUCAACAUUGGACCCAGUCCACAAUUGAAGGAGGUCCCAUCCGGUAUCCAACAUUUGAAAAACCUUCAAUAUCUUUGCUUUUAUGAUAUGUCGGAGGAGUUCAAGGAUAGUAUGCUUCCAGAAGGAGGACAACACUAUGAGAUCGUUCAACAUGUACCUUAUGUUGGCAUCAGUUAUAGGCGCGAUGGAGGAAAAUAUGAAACUUUCCGUUUGUUCUGAUUUUGUCAAUUGGAAGAAAUAAAUUAAGUCCUACGUACUUGUCAGGUAAAAUAAUUGAGAGCUUUCAACUAUACAUGUACAAGUGGCUUGGCGGUACCGCUACUACCUUGCUGCUUGGUGGAUAUCGUCUCACUUCUCCAAGCUCGUUUAAUUGUUUUGCUGUGCUCAGUAAUAAUACAAUUUCCAAUAUAUAUGUCAACUCCAAGUGUUGCCCUCCCCUUGCCCUUUAAGUUUGAAGUGAUGUUUAUUGACUUAUGUUUAACCUUACUUUCAAACAAUUUGCUAUC